AUGUCGAGUCUCAAGGUAUCACCGGCUGCCAAUGACUUCCGCAGUGACACCUUCACCACCCCAACGCCGUCCAUGUUGGCCGCGAUGGCGAACGCAUCGUUUGGAGACGAUGUAUACCAGGAAGACCAUAUCACCACCGAAUUUCAACGGGAAAUCGCACGAUUGACCGGAAUGGAAGACGCCUUGUUCACGCUCUCUGGAACAAUGGGCAACCAACUCGGAGUCCGCGUGCAGCUCAACCAGCCUCCACACUCGGUGUUAUGUGACUACCGCGCCCAUGUCUACGCCGAGGAAGGGUCUGGGUUGGCGGCGCUGUCGCAGGCGAUGGUAACCGCCGUUCACCCUGCCAAUGGCAUAUAUUUGACGUUGGACGAUGUCGAGAGGUGGGUUACCUUGGGAGAUGAUAUUCACACGGCGCCGACAAAGGUGAUCAGUCUCGAGGUGACCACUGGCGGAGUGUUGACGCCCAUGGAAGAGAUAAAGAAAAUCUCUGAAUUCGCACACGCCCAUGAUAUCAAAGUUCAUUGCGAUGGGGCUCGCUUAUGGAAUGCCUCUGCAGCAACUGGCUAUUCUUUGGCCGAUUAUUGCCAGUACUUUGACACUGUAUCGAUGUGUGUAUCAAAGGGUCUCGGAGCACCGAUUGGCGGUGUUCUCGCCAGCACUAAAUCCAACAUCAAGCGAGCUAGGUGGCUAAGGAAGCAGCUAGGGGGCGGCAUUCGACAGGCUGGUGUUUUGACGGCACCAGCCAUGGUAGCGCUGAACGAAGUCUGGCCUACCAUGAAAGAUACGCAUGAGAAGACAAAGAAACUGGAGAAAGACUUGGCGGCGUUGGGUGUUGUACCUCAAAUUCCAGUUGAUACCAAUUUUUACUUCAUCGACGCGAACAAAUCUAAUUUGGAUAUGGGCAUUUUGUUGGAACAGUGUGAAAAAUUCAAUGUGAAACUGAUGGAUGAAAGGAUUUCUCUUCAUCAUCAAAUCAGUGAUGAGGCAAUUGAAAGCCUCAAGGCUGCUAUUGCCGCGGCAGUACAAAUCACCAAAACCUUGCCGCCUGACCAUGUCUCCAAGGCUGUAUCAGGUGGAUAUAAUAUCACCUCAAAAAUGAAUGAAUAUAGUUAG